UUGCUCUAUGAUUAAAACAGCCGUCAUAUAAUUCCCGAGGGGAGAAGAUAUAAGAGUGGCAGAUACCGCCGGGGGUCUCUCAGAAGGCUGAAGAAGGGGGGUCCUCAGCGCCUUGAAUGCCAACCAGGUCAACCCAGGAGCUCGCAGAGAACUUGGACCAGGGCUCUGAGAUCCUUUCAGUAAAAGGUUCCGAAGCUCGUCUGUCUCCGGGGAAGAGGAGGAUGGCCUCGACGAGCGUGUGGCUGCUCCUGCUGGUGGCCGGCACCGGAGCCCUGGCUGACAUCAUCAUGAGGCCCAGCUGUGCUACCGGCUGGUUCUACCACAAGUCCCAUUGCUACGGGUACUUCCGGAAGCUGAGGAGCUGGUCCGAUGCUGAGCUCGAGUGCCAGUCCUUUGGAAACGGAGCCCACCUGGCGUCCAUACAGAACCUUGAGGAAGCCAAGGCCAUCUCCCAGUACAUAGGUGGCUACCAAAAGAACCAGCCCGUGUGGAUCGGCCUGCACGACCCGCAGAAGAGGAAGCAGUGGCGGUGGAUCGACGGGUCCAUGUUUUUAUUCAAAAUCUGGUCUGCAAAGUCCAGAGCCGGAAACAAGCCCUGUGCGGAGAUGAACGCCCACAACUUUUUAACUUGGAACAGCAAGGAGUGCGACAAGCGCCAGCACUUCAUCUGCAAGUACCGGCCGUAGAGCAGGAAUCGGGGUCCCACAGCCCCGGCCCAAACCCUCCCCCCCACCCCAGUCUCCCCCACUUCUUGCCCUGCCACGCUGGCUACGUCCGAUCACUGCCUCAGGAAGUAAACGUGGUAACCAAG